UUUAAUUGAGUUGAAAGCAUUGUUAAGAGAAGAGUAUUGACAAAAAAAAAAGCAUUGUUAAGAGUUAGAUUAAUUGUCUUGGGGAGCUUUAGUCAAUAACGUAUGUAGCUUAAUCAAGACCAAUAAUAAUUUAGUUUAAUUAAUAUAAUAAAACAGGUGCAUACUGCAUAUUGUUAUUAAUAAAAAAUAAAAUAUUAGGAAUAAUGGUAGCAUAUAUAUUUUCCCUUUUUGUUAGUUGAAUGAACUUCAAUCUAAAUUUUUUUAAGAAGAUGAAGUCUUUCCAAUUAGCCAAUGAAUCUUCUCCCCUUUCCUUAACUCCUCAGUUUAUUCUCCCAGAACACAAAAGACCACACCUUUCAGAGGUUACUUCAUUAGACUCAAUUCCCAUAAUUGAUUUGAGUUACAUAGAUGAAAACCCUUGUUCAUCCUUGGAAGUGGCUCACAAGAUUUCAAAGGCUUGUGAGGAAUUUGGUUUCUUCCAAAUUGUGAACCAUGGUGUUCCUGAACAAAUUUGCAAUAAAAUGAUGAAAGCAAUUGAUGACCUUUUUGAGUUGCCAGCAGAGCAAAGAGACAUUCUGUUUUCAACAGAUCAUGCCAAGAAUAUAAAAUUGGUUAAUUAUUAUCUUCAAGUUGAAGGUGGAGAAAAGGUUAAGAUGUGGAGUGAAUGUUUUAGUCAUCCAUGGUAUCCUAUUCAUGAUGUCAUUCAACUUCUACCUGAAAAUUUUGGAGCUCAAUACAGAGAGGCUUUUACUGAAUAUGCAAAGGAGAUUGAUGCAUUGGUGAGAAGGCUUUUGAGUUUGUUAUCAAUAGGGCUAGGCUUAGAGGAUGAUUAUUUGUUGAAGAAGCUAGGUGAGCAGCCAAGACUAAGAGCACAAGCAAAUUUCUAUCCACCAUGUCCAGAUCCAGAGUUGACUUUGGGUCUCCUUGACCAUACUGAUAGCAAUGCUCUCACUGUCCUUUUGCAAUCACAAGUUUCUGGCCUUCAAGUUAACAAAGAUGGGAAAUGGAUUUCUGUACCUUCUAUUCCUAAUGCUUUUGUCAUCAAUCUAGCUGAUCAAAUUCAGGUUCUAAGCAAUGGAAGAUACAAAAGUGUGAAUCACAGGGUUGUUACCAACAAAGCGCGUUCACGAGUGUCGAUGGCCAUGUUUUAUGGACCGAACCCUGACACGAUAAUUGGGCCUAUUCAAGAAUUGAUAGAUGAAGAGCAUCCUCCAAGGUAUCGAAACUAUCGCUUCUCUGAGUUUCUUGAAGAAUUUUUUAACCAACAAGGAACUAGGAGAAUGAUCAAGGAAGUCUUUGAGUUGCCAUUUAAUCAAGCUGUUUAAUUUGUAUGCAUUCAUGAUGUACACACAAAUAUUCAAUCAUAUCUCAUCAUUUAAAUAUCUAAAUGGUGAAAUAUGAUUUUUUGAAUGUAUGAGUAAAAUCAUUUUAUAUUAUGAUUACACACAUGUUAAUGUAUCUACUACUGUUGUAUUGUUAUGAUGAGCCAAUAAAAAUGUUUGUUAUGUUUAUCGAACUAAA